AUGAAUAAGUCUAACUAUUAUUAUUAUACUAAUGAUUCAAAUGAACUUCUUAGAAGAGACAGGUAAUAACAAUAUCAUCUAUUAUUAUAGAGACUUUCUAAUACAUUAAUAAAAAUUAGAAGAAAUAAAACGAUCAAAAAGUGCUAUAGGAUGCAAUAGAAGAACUAAAUCAAUAAAAUUACCAAAAUCAAUUAAUAUUAAAGAUGAAAUGAAAUAUGCUGAAAUUUAUCAUAACAAUUAAUUAUUGGCUACAAAUUUAGCUAGAAUACAUUCAAGACCAUCUUAGCUACCUCAAAAAACUCAAAAUUAUUAAAUUUCAUUGAAAUCUUCUUAAUCAAAAGAGAAAUUAAAUUAACAUACAUUUAAAAUAUUGGAUGAAAAUAUCAAUUUAUGCAAAAGAAUAUUAGAUUAACAAAGUUAGAUUGAUUUUAAAUAAAAAUUAUAGGAAUACAAAUAACAUAAAAAAAUUAAAUAAAGACUUUUAAAAGUUAAAAGAUAAUUUGAAUAAUAAGAAAAAUUAGGUUUUGAUUAAAGAUUUAAAUCAAAAUCUUUUAGUUAAGUUUAGAUGAAUAAAAUUUGA